AGAGCUCAGAUUUGUGCUUGUGUUACGCUGGCAGUGGGAAAUGUACCAGACAUGGCGGGCUACCCUCACAUCCGUUACAUUUCAUCAGGAUUGGAUGGAACACCAUUCAGAGGCCCUUUCAGGGGCAAUUUUGAGGAGCUGAUUCACUUGGAGGAAAGAUUAGGCAACGUUAAUCGUGGAGCAACCCAGGGAACUAUAGAAAGAUGCACAUAUCCACACAAAUACAAAAAGAGGAAACUGCACUGCAAACACGAUGGGGAGGAAGGAACAGAAGAAGACACAGAGGAAAAGUGUACCAUCUGUUUGUCUAUAUUGGAGGAAGGUGAAGAUGUCAGGCGCCUUCCAUGUAUGCACCUUUUCCACCAAGUAUGUGUAGAUCAGUGGCUGAUUACUAACAAGAAGUGCCCCAUUUGCAGAGUGGACAUUGAAGCUCAACUGCCUAGUGAAAGUUGA